AUGUCUUCAACAAAAGCCGUCAUCCUGGUCGGAGGACCUUCCAGAGGGACCAGGUUCAGGCCUCUUUCUCUCGAUGUGCCAAAGCCCCUUUUUGAAGUCGCUGGCCACCCCAUCAUCUGGCAUGCUCUCAAAGCUGUCACGAAAAUCCCCGAUAUUCGUGAAGUUAUCCUGAUUGGAUACUAUGAUGAGGCAGUCUUCCGUGAUUUUAUCAAGGACUCGACCCAGGAGUUUCCCCAGUUCAAAAUCCAGUAUCUCAGAGAAUACCGCGCCUUGGGUACCGCGGGCGGCCUGUACCACUUCCGUGACGCAAUCCUCAAGGGUCGUCCUGAGCGCUUCUUUGUUCUCAAUGCAGACGUAUGCUGUUCGUUCCCCUUAGUCGAAAUGCUCAAGCUGUUCGAAGAGAAAGACGCCGAAGCCGUUAUUCUAGGCACUAGAGUUAGCAACGAGACAGCUACUAAUUUUGGCUGUAUUGUCUCCGAUACCCACACAAAGCGUGUGCUGCACUACGUGGAAAAGCCAGAAUCUCACAUAUCAAACCUAAUCAAUUGUGGUGUCUAUCUAUUCGCCACAGAAUGCAUUUUCCCUUCUAUCAAGAGCGCGAUAAAACGCCGCACCGCUCGCCCACGCUUGCUCUCUUAUCCAUCUUCCGAGCAUCUUGAGUCAUCCUAUGCGGGCGAGCAAGCCGAAGAUGCCGAGAAAUCUGAAGUACUUCGCCUUGAACAGGAUAUUCUUCCUGAUCUUGCUGACAGCAAUCGUUUCUUCGUGCACGAGACGAAGGACUUCUGGCGUCAGAUCAAGACUGCUGGCUCCGCCGUUCCAGCCAAUGCUCUUUAUCUCCAAAAGGCAUUCCAGUCAGGAUCAGAUGAGCUUGCAGCCCCCUCAGCUACGAUAGUUCCCCCAGUUUACAUUCACCCCACUGCUACCGUGGAUCCCACCGCUAAACUCGGACCCAACGUUUCCAUCGGCGCUCGUGCUGUGAUUGGUGCAGGUGCUCGUAUCAAGGAGUCGAUCGUUCUUGAGGAUGCAGAGAUCAAGCAUGAUGCCUGCGUCCUGUAUUCGAUUAUCGGAUGGAACAGCCGGGUCGGAGCUUGGGCCCGUGUUGAAGGCACUCCAAUACCGGUUGGCACCCAUUCUACUACCAUCAUCAAAAAUGGAGUGAAGGUUCAAAGUAUCACAAUUCUGGGUAAGGAGUGUGGUGUUGGUGACGAAGUUAGGGUGCAGAAUUGCGUCUGCUUGCCCUACAAAGAGCUGAAGCGGGAUGUUGCGAAUGAAGUUAUCAUGUAG